AUGAUGAAAGAAGCAAUAUCCAUUAGGAAUUAUGUCGUAUCGAGCUAUGAAAAGGGUCACAGUUCGCUUUGUGCCCAGGACGUUGAGAAUUUGCGGAACUGGGAAUUCAAUGAGAGUUUUUUUGACGGAAAGCAAGACUUAACGGAAGAAGGUCGGAAAGAAAUGGUUGGUCUUGGCAAACGUUUGAAAGAAGCAUUCCCGACGUUAUUAAAUAACCUCCAACAGAAUAGUUACACGUUUCGAUCGGCUAGAGGCUCUUGGAUUGAAAAGAGCAUUAACCACUUUGUUAUGGGACUAGGAAAUAAAAAUUUAAUCGUUGAUGCUUCGAAAGAUGUCCUUGAUGUAAUGGAUCCAUACGCCACGUGUUCAUCUUACCAGAAAAAUGUGCAAAACAAUCCUAAAAUCUUUGCAGAAGCUGAUAAAUUUCUUAAUUCACCAGAUUACUUGGCGACAAAAGACAGAAUUCAUCGGAGGAGCGGAAUAGAUUACACUCUCAGUGAUGAAAACGUUACGGCAUUAUAUGACUUAUGUCGUUAUACUUGGUCCGCCAUCGACGAUAAACUUAGUCCCUGGUGUGCACUUUUUACAAAGGAUGAUUUACAAGUCCUCGAAUACAUCCAAGAUUUAAGGCAUUAUUACAAAAAUGGUUAUGGAACGUCGGUGAACGAGAUAUUUGGGAAAGUUCCGUUAGGUGAUUUGUUUCAAAGUUUCGAAAAUGUAAAACAAGGUGACGGCAAGAAAAUCGUUGCUUACGUCACUCAUGCUACCAUGCUGGAUCAGAUAUAUACAGCGCUAGGACUUUUCAAAGACAAUAAACCAUUAACCGGUUCGAAUAGAGACCGUGAAAGGAAAUGGAGGACGAGUAAGAUUUCUGUAUUUUCUGCCAAUUUAGUUGCUGUCUUAAACCGAUGUGUAAAAGAGGGCUUAUCGGAUUACAACGUUGUGUUCUACUUAAACGAAGAGCCGAUAAGAUCGAUAUGUGAGGAGGGCGUUUGUUCCUGGCGAGAGUUCGACUCCAAAUUGCGACCAUUUAUUAACACCACUAUCGACUUUUGCGAGAUUCAAAAUUAACCUUUUUAUUCUAUGACCAAAAGUUUGGUAGAAACUGAAACAACUUAAUUUAUCAUGAUUCUUACCUUUUAAAUAAAUAUUUU